GAGGAGGUGUGGGCAGUUCAUGGUUUCAUUUGUGGCGUCACUUUCUCCCAUCUCCCUCCUUUCUCCCCAAGCCUCCGAGCUUGUUGGUGCACGGCUGCAGCUCCAGCUUGUAUCUACCUGUGCAGAGCAUCCAACCGCUUCCCCUCCUGAGCGGACAGUCGCACUGCAGCACGCAGAGAGGAGCAGACGCAUCAUACUUGUACCGAGAAGUCAGACCGUCCUGCUUCAGCUGAAAUGCUGCUGACAACAACCAGGCAUGUCCAGAUCCUUCCGCUCAUCUGUGCAGUUUGUCAUCUCACCCUGGCCUUCCCCACCCAAACGCCAUCUGCUAGUGAUGACGUCCGGCAGCUGCAAGUGAACAUCCCCCACGCAGGUCCGAUUCUUACACCUCUGGGCAGCUCCAUUUCCAUCCCUUGCUUAGUUUCUCUGUCCUGCACCUCCUCCUUGUCCCCCUCUGUGGUGCACCGGUUGAAGUGGACAAUGGUGUCCGGUGGGGUUGAGACAGAGAUCUUGGUAGCGCGAGGUUCAAGGGUGAAGAUCAACGAAGCGUACCGAGAGCGCGCGGCACUGCUCAACUACACCUCCUCCCCUGAAGAUGUGUCUCUGUGGUUAGGCGAUCUGCGCCACACUGAUUCUGGUCACUAUCGUUGUGAGGUGCAGCAGGGACUAGAAGAUGCCAGCAAAGUCAUUCAAGUCAAAGUCAAAGGGGUGGUGUUCCACUAUAGAGAUGCUUGGGGUCGGUAUUCCCUCUCCUUCCAGCAGGCCAAGAGGGCUUGUGAGGGCAUUGGUGCACAGGUCGCCACACCGGACCAGCUGCUUGCUGCUUAUUUUGAUGGAUAUGAGCAGUGUGAUGCAGGUUGGCUGGUGGACCAAUCUGUCAGGUAUCCAAUCCAAGUGCCCCGUGAAGGCUGCUAUGGAGACAUGGAUGGGCAACCAGGAGUGAGGAACUAUGGAACGAUGGAUCCAAAUAAUCUCUUUGAUGUUUAUUGCUAUAUAGAACAAAUUCACGGGAAGGUUUUCUAUGACCCCAUCCCACAGCAGUUAUCAUUUGAUGAAGCACAGUCAUAUUGUCGAGCUGCGGGGGCACAGCUGGCAACAACCGCACAGCUGUACUUAGCAUGGAGCGAAGGGCUGGACCGCUGCAGUCCUGGCUGGCUGUCUGACGGCAGUGUGCGCUACCCCAUCGUAACCCCUAGAGAGAGAUGUGGUGGCCCUCAAGCAGGUGUCAAAACGCUCUACCGCUUCAGCAACCAGACCGGUUUCCCAGAGCCGACUAGCCUUCAUGAUGCUUAUUGUUUCAAAGGACACAGAGAAACUUCUACUGACUCUCCAAUGGACCACCUGCUCACAGAAGCUGAAGACAAAGAACAAAAUGUUGUUAUUCUAAUGGAAAGAGAUCAAGAAAUUUAUCUUAAUCAACUAGAGACACAAGUGGAACGAGAAGCACAAAGUGAACUUGAAUCUUUACCCCUUUUGCCUGACUCUUUCACUACAGAAUACCCUGUCAACACAAGCCAGACAGUUACUUCAGGCAGAACAGAAUCUUUCCCCAGCACAACUUCUGCAUCAGACCUCCUUCAGCGACUGAACGAAAGUGUGGAGAUAAGUCACAACUCCCAGCUUCUUCCAGAGGCAAUUACCAGCACCAUCAGCACAGUGGAGACCAUUGAUUCAACACAAAAUACAACUGUUCUUCCUGGUGAUUACAAUGGGACAGAGUUACACCAGAACCGGAGCUUCACCUUUCACCUAUCUGAGUUUGAAAGAAGCACAUACACACCCCAGACAGAGAACCAGACAGUGCCAGACACAAACCCUACUGAGUCUCUACAGUCACUCAAACAGAUGAAUCAGUACCAAGAACUGAAUGAAACCGGUGCGAUAUUUGACAAGUCUCAUACUAAGUACGGCGAGACAGAGAACAACCAGACAGACAUAGAUGUAGAGGAUGGGUUUUGGAACGGGACCACUUUGGCAAUUGGUCCAUUGCUUCAGGUAAAGUUGAAAAAUGCAGCUGCAGAAGAUCCUGUACAGAUGUUGUUGACGACUCAGGCUUCCCAAGAUAAAGGAACUCCCCCCUCACAAGAAACUGCAACUACUGAGUCAGCCAUUGAGAACAACUCCAUCUGGACUCCCAUGGACGGAUCUGGAGAUAUUUCUCAAGAGAGAGAGUUUGAAACAGAAGCAGUCACCUUCAUCUCCACAUCUCAGUCCUCCGCCGCUGGAUUCACCACUCCAGUGUUGGGUUCUGUUGUGGCAAGCAGAGCUCCCACCACACCUCACAGAGCAGCUCCAAAUCCAACCCUCUCUUCUGUGUCACAACAUGUGGACAAAUUGGGCUUUGAAAUAUUGUCCACAACAACAGACUUGUGGGAGCUAACUAUUUCUAGACAGGAGGGAAGUACAAGCUUAGACACAGAAGACAGUGAAGAAAAACAGAUUGAUGCAACUCAGCCUCCUAAACAGGUAGUUUCUGAAGUAAGGUUGCCUAUUGCAUCUACAGAAGGUUUGAAUAUCUCUCAUUCACCAUCUAAAUUUGCAACAGAACAGUAUCAAACAGGUUAUGGAGUACCUAUUGGCACAACGAACUCUUAUGAAGAGGCAAGCGGAUAUGAACUUGGAACUGUUACCUCCAUCUCUCAAGAGGAAAUUAAAGGUAACUUCCCCCUUGAAGAGGCCUUUAUAGUUACCCCAACCCAUGACGAGAAAGUUAACAAGUCUAUUUUAAUUGAAAAGGAAGCUGAAGUUCCUUCAACUGUUUUGCUUAUUGAAGAAGUUAGUGCUGGCCAAAACACUGAAAAAGAAGCCAAGGUUGUGCUUGAAGGAGAAACCAAGGUUACACCAAGUGUUCUCCUUGUAGAAGAAACAAAAAUUAGCCCGACCUUUGGUGUUGAAAAAAAUAAAGUUGUCCCAACCCUGGUUGUUGAACAAGAAGCUACAGUAACAACAACAGCUGUUGUUGAAGAUGAACCUAAAACUCUGUCAACCAUGGUUUUUGAAGGAGAAACUAAAAUUGACCCAAAUGUUGCAGAAGGAGCUAAAGGUAAUGCAUCUCUAGCUCCUGAAAAAGAAGCUAAUGUUGACUCAACUGUUGUCCUAGAAGAAGAAACUACAGUUAGCCCAACAUUGGAUCUUGAAGAAAAUAAAGUUGCCCCAGUUCUGGUUGUAGAACAAGGAGCAAAAUUAACCCCAACAGCUGUUCUUGAAGAAGAAUCAAAAAUUGUGUCAACCUUGGUUUUUGAUGGACAAACUACAUUUUACCAAAACGUUGUAGAAAUAGCUAAAGCUACCCCGACUUUGGUUCUUGAAGAAGAGGCUAAUGUUGACCCAACUGUUGCAGGAGAAGCUGUAGUUGCCCCAACUCUGGUCCUUACAGCAACAGUUCGCAUUGAAGAAGAAGCCAAAGUAACCCCUAAGGUUAUUUUUGAAGAAAAAGCUAAUGUUGACUCAACUAUAGUUCUUGUAGAAGAAGCUAAUGUUAUCUCAACAGUUAAAAAAGAAACUGAAGUUGAGCCUACCCUGAUUCAUGGGGAGGCCAGAGCUACCCCAAACCCUCUCCUGGAGGAAGAAGCCAAUGUCCCAAAGUUUGAAAAUGUAGAGGAAACGAAUAUGUUCUCUGGUGUUCCUGAAGAAGAAUCCAAAACAACACCAACCUUUGUCACUAACGAACUUGAACUUGCUCCAAUCCAUGCUUUUGAAGAGGAAACUAAUGUUGCACCAACCCUUGAGGACUUUACCGUCUUUACACUCAAUUCUCAAACAUCUAAGUGGAAUCUGUUGACUACCACAACUGGACCCCAAGAGCAUCUGAAUAAUGUAAAGUUUAGUCAGAAACCCCCAUUCAUGUCAGCGUCAGAGACCUCAAUGAGCACCAAGUCUUCUCCUUCUGCCUCUACCAUGACUACUCCAACACGUGUGCCCAAACGCACCUGGAGCUCAAGAACCACAAGACCUUACAUUUUCCAUAAGACGACAGAGCCCCAGAAGGUGAACCAUUUCAUUCCACCGUUGGAUCAUAGUGUGGUUGAUCUUGAGAUUAGCCUCACACCGCCACCCACCCUGCUUAUCUUGCCCAAAGACAGGGCAGCUGUAGGUGGUACAGGGGCUUUUUCAGACGCCUGUUUGGAUGAUUUUUGUCUCAACGGAGGCACCUGCACUGACCAAGACGGACACAUAAAAUGUCUCUGUUUGCCGACGUAUGGAGGAGUUUACUGUGAGACUGACUUGGAGCGAUGUGAACCUGGCUGGGAUAAAUUUCACGGUUUCUGCUAUCGACACUUCAGCCAGCGGCAGAGCUGGGAGGUGGCAGAGAGGCACUGUCGCAUGCAAGGAGCUCAUCUGGUGUCCAUCAUGACCCCUGAGGAACAGGACUACAUCAACAGUAACUACAAGGAAUACCAGUGGACUGGUCUGAAUGAUAAGACUGUUGAGGAUGAUUUUCGCUGGUCUGAUGGAAACCUGCUGCUGUACGAGAACUGGUACCGAGGGCAGCCAGACAGUUACUUCCUUUCUGGAGAAGACUGUGUGGUGAUGGUGUGGCAUGAUAACGGCCGCUGGAGCGACGUACCCUGCAACUAUCACCUGGCAUACACCUGCAAGAAAGGCACCUCCCACUGUGGUCCACCACCAAAGGUCCGGAACGCGUCCAUAUUCGGAAAAGCUCAACAGAGAUAUGAGACUAAUGCAGUUGUGCGGUAUCACUGUUCAGAGGGCUUCCAGCAAAGACUGAACCCUCUGGUCAGGUGUCUUCCCGGAGGCCGAUGGGAGAGACCUCAAAUUUUCUGCAUCCCUGGUGGAGAAGUUAUGCAGAACCUCGACAUGUCACAAACUGACAGCAACUUUUCAGCAGCAGAAAAUGAAUUUGAAGCCACUGAAGAGACACCACAGUUCUGGGAUAUCAAGUUUUAACACCUAUGCUUUCCUUUUAAACAUACAAUUUGGUUAGUGUACCAUGACGUGAUGUAAAUUAUCUUGAAGAGGGAACAAUGAACCACAGAGACAAAAAGAUGAUGUAAAAGGACUAAAGUUUCUUUCCAGUAAGAAUGUGCAUCCAUGAUUAUGGAGAUUUUAAACUCACAAUCUGGCAUAGUUAUUCCCAAAGUAGGCUAUGAUCAAUUAAUAUUUCCUAAUAAUUGUUCUUGUUGUGGUUUUUGCUAUGUCUAGGGCCACAUAAUGGUGCUAAGCUUUUGAGACACUUUUAUGGUUUUAGAUUUUUAUUGUAUCAUGUUCCUAUUUUAUCAAAGAUCCUGACAUCUCUAAAGUGAGCCAUAAGUUACCAAGUAUUCUGUAUAUGUUGGUUUUCACAGCAGAAAUUACUGUCCACAAUUUUUUUUUAUUUUCUUUUUCCAACAGAAAACUUUAAGGUCAAGCAGACGCGGUUUUGUUCGGUGGCUUUAUGUUGUAAUAAAGUUUUGUAGAACAGAGCAAAGAAUAAAUCAGUCUCCUAUUUUACUCUCA